AUGAAAGUAUACAAACACCCUAUACUAGUCAAUCCUACACGUUGGCUCAGAGGGCCAAAGAAACAUGCUAAACCAUUAUACCAGAGCGGUUAUUACCCUUCCCUUAAAAGCAACCCCUUUGCAGCAGCACUAUCACGACUCGACGCAAACUCACCGUCCUCCACCCUACCCAUAGGAAAUGGCAUUCCAUUGACAGUUAGCCAUCGGGCAGAUAACACGUACGUCCUAACACCAAACAUACAUGAAACACCUACCCAACCCAGUCGAUUGCUCAUCAACAGUGCUAGAUAUAUUAAGUUGAUAGUUGACCGGCCCAAGGCAAUUCAGAAGUUGGUGCCCUUACAGUUUAUCCAACAAUGCAAAUCAUCCAAAGCAAGAGUCACCAUCGACAAAGAUAUCGUGGAGCAAAUAGACACCUUGUACCGACAGAAAAUAGAAUCGCUCCUUCCUGACUCAUCGGAAUGUGGAGACUAUGGCAUCAUCCUCAAACCAAUGGACGUUCCAGUACGUAUCGAUGGCGGUACCACAUACGUAAACAGCACCUUCAACACCUUCAUCAACUACAACACCCACCGCGACCUCGCACAGUUAAUACUAGCGUAUACUGACUUUGUUAAUCUAUAA